CCAGAAUUACGCAAAGCGACUAAUCUUCGCUCGGGCUGCAGCCGUGGGUUUGUGUCGCAGCGUCUCCGUGCCGAGGCGCUGACAGAGCAUCCGCCGGGAUCCAACUCCGCCGCGCGAAGCCUCUUCUCGGUGCCGCCGACGAGCGAUCUCCCACUGCAGCCCCGCGCGUAAAUGGAGUUCCAGUCGCUGUCGUGACCGCUCCUCGCCGCCUCUCACCCUGCGGAAGAAUCUGCGCUAAAGUUGCAGCAGCAUCCACGCCACCGCGGCUCUCUCCUGUGCAGCCAUGGGCACCGUCCUCUCCAUAUCUCCUGCGACAAAGAAGGCGUCUAUUAUGGACGCCGACGCCGCAGGAGACGGGGUCAAAGCCGACAAGAGCCUCAAGCGGCAUUCGAUGUUCGUCUCUCUGUCCUGGAAGAAGCUGGUGGCCAAUUCGGCCAAGAAGAGUGCCAAGAAAGUCACCCCGAACCCGCUGCCCGCCCGCGAGCUGCCGUCCAGCCAGGUGGCUCAGCUCAACAGCGAAAACGCGAGGAAGACGCACCAGAACGACGAGAAGAAGCCCAAAGCGCCCAUUCCGGUCCCGGUGCCCACGGUGCCCACGCACAACAACGACGCCGUCGCCCCGAACGGGAGGCUUGCGUCGGUCCAGAAGCAGCCCAGCAGCCUGUCUCUGGUGUCCCCGCGGCGGAUCGUCAUCCAGGCGUCCACCGGGGAGCUGCUGCGCUGUUUGGGGGAGUUUAUGUGCCGCAGGUGUUAUAAACUGAAAGAGCUGAACAGCGCUGAGGUGAUCCUCUGGUUCCGAAACAUCGACCGGACUCUUUUGCUGCAGGGCUGGCAGGACCAGGGCUUCAUCACGCCGGCGAACGUGGUGUUCGUGUACCUGCUGUGCGAGGACGCGGUCGCGGACAGCAUCGGCACCGCGGCCGAGCUGCAGGGCACCUUUCAGACUUGCCUCUACCUCGCCUACUCCUACAUGGGCAACGAGAUCUCCUAUCCGCUCAAGCCGUUCAUGAUCGAGUCGAACAAGGACGUUUUCUGGGAGACGUCGCUCCGGAUCAUCAACAGGAUGAGUGCCAAAAUGCUGCAGCUGAAUGCGGACCCGCACUUUUUCACCGAGGUCUUCCAGGACCUGAAAAACCAACGGGAGACCGUCGAGGCGAACCUGGACCGCUGAUCUGGACACGAACGAGAAACUGGUGUCUUUUUUUUUUUAAAGAAAAAAAAGAUGAAUGUUACGCAAAAUCACACAACAGUGGUUUUGAAUGUAAGAGCCGACAUUGAAGGCUUCUGAAAUGUAGGCUGAAUGUCUCUCUCAUGUUACACAACUUUACUAUGGUGUUUAGGCUACAGUGUAGGGGAUUUCAUAAAUGCAUGCCAAUGAUCUUGUCCUUCUUUUGUCUUUGUCCCUCGAGUGACGCAGGGAUUGACUCCGUGGUACAAAUCUCCAAAUCACAUUCUCGGUGACGCGCAAAUUGCCGUUUCGUUCACGAUUAGCCUACUUUCUGGGUGUGUGUGUGUGUGUGUGGGGGGGGGGGGGGGUGGUUUGGGGCGAGAGGGUGUCGCAGUGAGGCGAGGUUCCAGAAAGAGACCAGAAUAGAACAGUGUUUGUGAGAAGGCGAGAGGCGGAGCUGUCCGAGGUGCUGACCUGUGCAGCUAUUCCUCUGCCGCUCCCUGCUAUUUGAGUCACCUUAAGAAGACCAGAGUCAGCCCAGUGCACUUUCAGCAUUAGCCUAAGCGUUUGUCAGUAGAGGUAUACGGUUUAUUGUGCUUCUUUUUAGGCUUUAGGCUGCUAAACAUGCAACAGGUAUCAGAAGCAUUUGUUUAAGGGAACAAAAAAACAUUACUCGGUGUAUCUGUAGGUAUUUGUGAAAAGGAUAGAGUCCAUCUUUACAGCGUAGACGUUAAAAGGCCUCUUCUGCAGAAACCAUACCUCUACUUUCUGCUCACUCAUUUUGCUUCGGAAUAAUUUGUUUCCAUACCGCACCCAAGCCAGUGGGGGGUACGGGGAGAGAUGUAAGAUAUGUGAAGUGUGUAUUUUCCCCUUGGAAUGUGAUCAAAUGCACUAAACUGGCCCAUCGACCUGGGGCCUCCGCUGUGUGUGGUUCUCAGUUACACAUCGGCCGCUGUGGCGAUGUGCUUUUCGACAUAAUGCAGAGAUUUGUUUUGAAAUCUCACACGUGCCAAUAAAGUAUUCUUGGCCUGAAGCGCUAUGGUUUACAUGUACAUACUGUAUUCCACAGUAUGUUCAAAUUCCCCCCUAUUUCAAGCUCCUCUGUCUGUUUCGAAGGUGGCUGCGUAUGAUGUAGUUCAGUCAUGACAAAGACACGUAGAGCUCAGUGGUCCGAUGGUGUUUUUGCCCUGUUUUGUACCGGCGAGCUGUGGGGCCUCGGCUUGCUGCACCUCACGCACUCAUAAUGUAAAUACUGAAUGUACAACUCUUAUUAAUAGGUGACUGAAUAUUACCAUUUGCACAUGUCAUUGCAUAAGCUAAACGUGAUGCGACUCCAACGCUGGAAACCAAACAUUUGGGGCCGCGUCGCUCCUAAGCGAUCGCUGCGCUGUUGUGUUGUGAAGCCCGUUGCUCGGAAAAGUGGACUGUAACGCUGCUAUUUUGCACAGCUGUGAACAAACCCUUGAUGUUUUCGCACGGCGGCACGACGCGAUCGGCCACGGGCCGGUGUUUCCUUUCAGGCGCUGGAGUCUUUGCCGUCCUCGCUUUCAUCUGUGAAUUCCUGCAUAGCUUUUGUACAGUUUUUUUUUUUUUUUUUUUUUUUGGCGUCGGCCUUGAAAGGGGAUGUUUUAGAUGUGCGUGUUUGUCUGUGAUGUCACACCAAGGUUGCAGUCUCUCUUACUACAUGUCAAUAAAAGGUCAAUACAGUUAUUGUUUAUGGUGAUCAUAAUGAAAUAAACCCAAGCUUAUGUAGGAUCUCUG